AUGAACAAAGAGAACAAAAAAAGCAUAUGCGAACGCCUAAAAAAUUCUUCGAAGGCCCCAGCGGAAAAGCCGAAAAGGUUUGCGCCUAUUCAAAGACCUCGAAGGAUUUCUAAACAUAGUGAAAGUAAAACUGUUGAGAAGAAGCAAGAAAAAGUUGAACCAUUUGACAUUCUAAAAUCUCAUGAAGAAGAACAAGCUGAAAGACGCCGCCUGUUGGAGGAGUAUCGAAAGAAGAAAGAGUUGGAGAGACUCAAAAACCGGAAGCCAAUUAAACCAAAGAGAUCGAUCGAAAUUCAAAAACCUCGAGUGAGCAGGACGGUGAAAACUGCCUUUACAAAGAGCGCACCGAUUUCAACACCUAUCAAACAAAAUGAAUAUCGAACGCCCGUUCGAAAUCCCAGGAAGCCAUUACCGAAGCAUUCUAAAAAUACGGUUACGCCCUCACCCACGUCACCUAAAGAUGACAAUAACAUUGAAGGAACGGAGUCGAACAUGAAUAUUCCGAUGAGAGCUACCGCUAUCCCGCUUUAUAAAAGACCGGGCACUCCAUUUGUAACUUCCUCGACGCAUACAUUUGAAGAACCACUGCAGACGAUGGCUCCGGAAAAUAUUAUAUUUGAAUAUACGGUUCCUGUUGACAAGGAGCCGAAGACACCGUCUCUAAUUUCGGUUCCCACCACGCAUACAUCCGAGGAACCGCAACACUUCAUUUCCUUGGAUAAAAUAAAAUUUUACGACGGCGAAAGGGAAAGGUAUUAUUAUGUAGAUAACGACGCAGAUCCAGUUGAUAAAGAGUUGGCAACACCAACUUCAGUUUCCAUGAACAGUACGCCCAUACGUGGUCAUUCAAAGAUAUAUUCAAGUCCGGUGAUUAAGGUGUCUGGGAAACCGCAACGCGUAUCGAUUAUAAAUCAGACUUCGGAUGACGCUCAAAAGAGAACAAAUCCCAGUGAUGUUGCGUCUACGCCCACGACGUCUCCUUCCGUGAUUGCAAUCACCCGCAGGCGUUCAAAAAUAUACUCGAGUCCCUCGAUGAAAGUAUCGGGAAAAGCCCAACGCGUGAAAGUGCAGAUAUCGGAUGAAAAAGGUGAAGCCUCUUUUACUCCCGAGUCAGUAACCACGCCGGCUAUUUUGUCCACCACCACCCAAGAAUCAGAAUGCACGCCAACAACGACUCGAUCGACUCCACGCAGACGUUCGAAAAUAUAUCAAAGUCCAACGUUGAAGUUGACCGGAAAAGCUCAACGAAUGAAGGUGGACCCUCCAAAAAAUCAUCAUCCUCCUGAGAAGGAUAAUGGUCAAACGGUCAAAUUGGAUGCAGCCCAAAAAGUUAAACCAUCUUUGACACCACUGAAUCCUCGGGAACGUUCUUUAAUUUAUUCUGGUUCGUUGAAUAGGUUGCCUGAAAGUCAAGAAGACAAUGGGGAUUCGACGAACCUCGACUCAACACCUAAACGUUCCAUACAUCCCAUAUUUAAGUUCAAAGCUCAAAAUUUAAAGGAUCCAAGGGAAGAAAAAAAUGACACCAAUAAUACGGAGGAUGAUAAGGUCGACGAUAACACAGACCAAGACAUAGAAUUGAAAAUUCAAAACUUUUUCACUUCUUUAAAGUCUCUUCCCACUAGCGUGAAAAUUAAUGAAAACAUGGAAGAUAUCAGUUCCAGUGGUAUAGGUGAAUCGCCGGUGUGUCCUGCUGAAAGUGACGCAGCCCUCCGUCUUGACUACGAAAGCGCCAUUUUCGAGAAUAAUGAAAACCAACAAGGGGUCAAAGAAAAUGCUAACUUCUUGGAACAUGGCGAAAAGGAGGAAAAGACGGAGUGUGAUAAGAAAGUUGUGGUAGACCUGGAAAGUAUGGAGGAGUCGUCCCUGACUGUCUUGACGCCGGUAAAAGCAAAGAAGAAAGAACGAGAGGAAUUCGGUAUCUCCUCGGUUGUGACACCUGUGAGGCGAUCGGCGAGGAACCAAAAGAAUUCACCGGACGUGAACUUCCUAACACCCGAAGAUCAAGUUCGCAAGUUGCUAGAAGAAAAUGGAUUUACUUAUAUACCGAACCCGGCAUUAAAUCGUGAAAAUAAUCUUGCACCCCUGAAGAAAACUCCUAAAAAGGGUGAUGAAGAAAAUUCUGGCGGCCGAUCUGACACAGAAAAACAAAAAUCUUCUAGAAAAAGUGUUAGAUGGGAAGACUUCUCUAACUUAUUGGAGCUUGUACCAAAAAAUUUCUAG